GAAGUGAAACAAAUAAAAGAUGGCUGCCUUGGUGAGAAAUUUCGGCACGUGUGCUUCAAAACAAUCAAAUUUAAGGUUUACGAUUAAUUUAGGACAUAUUCCUACACACUUAAUCAAUGGAAGGUGCAAGAGUGGCAUUGGUACAAGUAAAUCAUUUAGGAAUUUUGCCCUACAAACCUUAUGUGAGGGGAAAAACACCACUCCAGUUCAAUGUCGAUUACAUCAUGUUCUGCGGCGAAACAUUUGUCGGUCAACAGUGUCACAAAAUUACCGCAACUUAGUGUCCUCAUAUAGAAGUUCAGUUUUUCCUUCAAGCAUCAUUCGUCAUGGGAGAAGAACGUCAUGUUUCCAGCAAAGGCAUUUUUGCAGCAGUACAGACCCGGAGGCGGAAGAGAAGGAGCAGGAGGACGAACCCCUUGCGACCAAACCCCCAUUACGAGCACUGGCGCCUAUUGUGAUACCGGACACCUAUCCUAAAGUUCCUGUCAUCGCUGUUGGCCGACAGCCUGUGUUUCCACGAUUUAUGAAAAUGAUUGACAUUAAAGAUAAAGAGCUAAAACAAAUAAUACGAAGGAAACUAAGACUGAACCAACCCUAUGCAGGAGUGUUUCUGAAGAAGGAUGACAGCAAUGAAGACGAUGUGGUUACGAACCUGGAUGAAAUUUACGAAAUGGGGUCAUUUGUACAGAUAACAAGUGUUCAAGAGUUUGAAGGCAAACUUAGACUCAUGCUCCUUGCUCAUAGAAGGAUCAAAAUAACAUCACUGGCUUCAGAUAACAUUGAGGAGGACACCAAAGAUACAACAGACUUAGAAGUGGUCACCAAAAACAAAGGCAAUGGAAAUAGGAGGAAGGAGAGAAGGAGGAGAAAGAAAAAUGCAAAGACAGAAGAAAUAACAGCUGCCCUAGAUACAGAGAUCAUCGACAACGAUGAGGUGGAAGGUCCCGACGAUGAUUCCCCCUUAUCUGAGGAUGUCAUUGUCACUGAGGACACGCCUAUUUCUGAUGAGACCUCUCCUCCUACCACUGUCACACCAAACGAACACAGUGAAAUGAAGGAGGAAGACGUGAAGGUGGUAGGCUCGGAACCCUCCAAACGAGUCAUGUUUGUGGAGGUGGAGAAUAUCCAACAUGAACCCUUCACUCGUAACGAUGAAGUCAAGGCAGUCACAUCUGAGAUUGUGAAGACCAUUCAAGAUGUUAUCAGCAUGAAUCCAGUUUACAGAGAAGCAUUGGCCCAGCUGUUACAGUCGGACACUCGGUUUAUAGACAACCCUGUCUACCUGUCUGAUUUAGGCUGUGCUAUGACGGGUGCUGACUCAGCAGACUUACAAACAGUCAUGGAAGAAACCAAUCUAUUAAAACGACUGCAUUUGACCCUAGCAUUGCUAAAGAGGGAAUUACAGAGGAUCAAGUUACAGAAAAGUAUUCGUGAACAGGUUGAGGAGAAGGUGAGGAAACAGCACACAGAGUUUAUGCUCAGGGAACAGCUGAAGCACAUCAAAAAGACUCUUGGAAUGGAGAAGGAUGACAAGGAUACCAUUGAGGAGAAGUUCAGAGAGAGGAUGAAGGAUUUGGUUAUACCUGAACACGUGAAGACACUGAUUGAUGAAGAAAUGGCAAAAUUUAGCUUCCUUGAUUAUCACUCUGCAGAAUUUAAUGUUACCCGGAACUACCUGGAUUGGCUAACAUCUUUACCCUGGGGAAAAUACACAGAGGAAAAUCUGGACCUAACAAGGGCAAAGACUAUUCUUGAAGAAGAUCAUUAUGGGAUGGAAGAUGUGAAAAACAGAAUUCUGGAGUUUAUCGCUGUAAGCCAACUUAAGGGCGGUACACAGGGAAAGAUACUGUGUUUCCAUGGUCCCCCAGGAGUAGGAAAGACUAGUAUAGCGAAGUCUAUAGCGCGGGCAUUAAAUAGAGAGUAUUUUAGAUUCAGUGUUGGAGGAAUGACAGAUGUGGCUGAAAUUAAAGGUCACAGGAGGACCUAUGUUGGAGCCAUGCCUGGAAAGAUGAUACAAUGUCUGAAAACGACUAAGACAGAAAACCCCUUGGUGCUUAUUGAUGAGGUGGAUAAGUUGGGUAGGAGUUGGCAGGGUGACCCAUCCUCUGCCUUACUAGAACUGCUGGACCCAGAACAGAAUGCUAACUUCCUAGAUCACUACCUAGAUGUUACAGUGGACAUGUCCAAGGUUUUGUUUAUCUGCACGGGCAAUGUGACAGACACGAUUCCUGAGCCACUCAAAGACCGGAUGGAGAUGAUAGAUGUCUCCGGUUAUGUGGCAGAAGAAAAACUGGCCAUCGCACAGAAAUACUUGGUACCACAGACCCAGAAACAGACGGGAGUGACCAAAGAAAAAGUCAACAUCACCGACGAUGCAAUGACAACACUGAUAAAGUCUUACUGUAGGGAAAGCGGUGUUCGAAACCUUCAAAAGCAGAUAGAGAAGAUAUACAGAAAAGCUGCCCUAAAGAUUAUCACAGAGUCCACUGAACACCUAGAAGUUGACACAGACUCGUUGAAGGACUAUGCUGGCAAACCACUAUUCACCUCAGACAGAAUGUAUGAAUUCAACCCCCCGGGAGUUGUUACAGGCCUAGCGUGGACAGCGAUGGGAGGGUCAACUCUGUUUAUUGAGACGGUGCUGAAGAGGCCGCUUGACAGCCCUAUUAGUGGUGACAAGCCUGAGGUUGGCAGCAUAGAGGUGACUGGUAACCUAGGCAAGGUCAUGAAGGAGAGCAUACAACUGGCCUACACCUUCGCCAAGGCUUUUAUGGUUUCUGAGCUCUCUGGCAAUGACUUCCUUCAAAAAGGUCUAGUCCACCUGCAUUUACCCGAGGGUGCAGUACCCAAGGAUGGUCCCAGUGCAGGAUGUACCAUUGUGACUGCACUGCUGUCGCUGGCUCAGGGAAAACCAGUCAGACAUAACCUGGCCAUGACAGGAGAGAUCUCCUUGACUGGGAAAGUCUUACCCGUGGGAGGCAUUAAGGAAAAGACAAUAGCGGCCAAGAGGUCGGGAGUAACCUGUAUAAUACUGCCAGCCGAGAACAAGCGGGACUUCACGGACCUUCCCGACUUUAUCACCAAGGACCUUGAAGUACACUAUGCCAGCGAAUACAAGGAUGUGUAUGACAUAGCAUUUGGAAAACAGGAAACUGAAAAUGUGGAGACAGGAAACUGAAAGGGUGGUGACAGGAAGCUGCAAAUGUUGUAACAAAAAAUGGACAGUGUGUGGACAAAAAUUUUGAUGUAUUGGGAGAUGAAAAUGAGACUGGCGAUACAAAUUUGUAGUGUGAGGGCAGGAAACUGUCAGUUUAGAGAGUUGGAAUAGGUAGUGUAGGUGGACAAGAAACUUAACAGUUUCAGGUUGUCAUGUGAUAUUCUCUAGUUUUAUUACUGUAUAUUGUUAUUGAGAACAUUUACUUAAAUUACAGAUAGAUAUUGAAAUGGAGACUUCAAGUCAUCUCCCAGUUUUCCUGAUUGAUAUUUUAAGCACAUAAAAACACCAUAAACCUGUUCAUCAUGUAUAAGGGAAAAGGCAAUUGAAUCCAACAUGUUUGAGUACUUUACACAGUUAUUUAUACCAAACCUGUUCAGCUUGAACACAGGGAUGACUUAAAACUACUCCAGCAAAAUGAGAAAAAAUAUCGUUAUUGCACCAUCAAUGCUAAAGGCAACCCUUCGCUGUGUAUUUCCAAUGUCCCAUAUAUGAACAAAAAAGUGGUUGUGUAUCACUUUAACCAGAUUCCUUGUACACCACUAUUGACUGUAUAUGUAUUUGAAAUACCUGUGGAACAUUAGGGACUGCUGUUAAACUGCAAAGAUUCCACCUCACCAGACUUGUGUCAUAGUCAUUGGAGCAAAUCCAUGAUGACUCCUGUGGUCUUAAAAUUGCAAAAAUAGUCUUGUUUUGCAUUGGUGUUAAAUUUACUCUUCCAUAAACAGAUAGAAAAAACAAUCAGAAAUUUGUUUUAGAAAGAAAAAUCAGAUUAUUUUUUAUGUUUGACACUAGUGUAUAAUCUGGACUCACAUGAUCCAGCAACCUUACUGUAGCUAAUGUUACUCACUGAAGCUGAUGUAGAUGCUAAUCCCACUAUAUUUGGGUAAGCAUGUGAUUCAUUGAUGAUUUUCUAAUUUUUUCUUCAGAAAUUAAGUACAGCUAGUACCUGAACUGAAGAAUUUCCACUUAUAAGCGAGAAGUGUAACUAUGAUAUAUUGCACUGUUCUUAAUUGAGUGCAUGAAUUUGAUAAUUAGUGUUUAAGUAUAUAUGUUUCAUAUUUAUUGUUUGGAUGAGUCAAAGUUGAUAUUUAUGCUAGAAAAUAUGAAAUAGAACAAAGAAAUAGCAAUAUGAAUACAUCCAAAUACCUAUACAUAGGUGCUGAAACAGUUUGCCAAAACAAACAUUUAGCAUUGUUUGUAACACCUUUGCGAAAGUAAAGCAAAAUAUAAUUGGAACUAUAGCUAUUGUAACUUACUAUAUAUAGGUAAUGUUACUCACUGAAGCUGAUGUAAUUUACUGUAGCUAAUGUUACUCACUGAAGCUGAUGUAAUUUACUGUAGCUAAUGUUACUCACUGAAGCUGAUGUAACUAACUAUAGCUAAUGUUACUCACUGAGGCUGAUGUAACUAACUGUAGCUAAUGUUACUCACUGAAGCUGAUGUAAUUUACUGUAGCUUAUGUUACUUACUGUUGCUAAUGUAAAUUACUGUUGCUAAUGUAACUUACUUUAGCUGAUGUAACUAAAUAUAGCUAAUGUUACUCACUGAAGCUGAUGUAACUAACUAUAGCUAAUGUUACUCACUGAAGCUGAUGUAACUUACUGUAGCUAAUGUAACUUACUGUAGCUAAUGUAACUUACUGUAGCUAAUGUUACUCACUGAAGCUGAUGUAAUUUACUGUAGCUAAUGUUACUUACGGUUGCUAAUGUAACUUACUGUUGCUAAUGUAACUUACUGUUGCUAAUGUAACUUACUGUAGCUGAUGUAACUAACUAUAGCUAAUGUUACUCACUGAAGCUGAUGUAACUUACUGUUGCUAAUGUUACUUACUGUAGCUAAUGUAACUUACUGUAGCUAAUGUUACUUACUGUUGCUAUUGUAACUUAUUGUAGCUAAUGUAACUUACUAUAGCUAAUGUUACUCACUGUUGCUAAUGUAACUUAGUGUAGCUAAUGUAACUUACUGUUGCUAAUGUGACUUACUGUUGCUAAUAUAACUUACUGUAGCUAAUGUAAUUUACUGUUGCUAAUGUAACUUACUGUAGCUGAUGUAAAUAACUAUAGCUAAUGUUACUCACUGAAGCUGAUGUAAUUUACUGUAGCUAAUGUUACUUACUGUUGCUAUUGUACCUUAUUGUAGCUAAUGUAACUUACUAUAGCUAAUGUUCCUCACUGUUGCUAAUGUAACUUACUGUAGCCGAUGUUACUCACUGUUGCUAAUGUAACUUACUGUAGCUAAUGUAAUUUACUGUUGCUAAUGGAACUUAUUGUAGCUAAUGUAACUUACUAGAGCUAAUGUUACUCACUGUUGCUAAUGUAACUUACUGUAGCCGAUGUUACUCACUGUUGCUAAUGUAACUUACUGUAGCCAAUGUUACUCACUGUUGAUAAUGUAACUUACUGUAGCUAAUGUAACUUAUUGUUGCUAAUGUAACUUACUGUAGCUAAUGUUACUCACUGAAGCUGAUGUAACUAACUAUAGCUAAUGUUACUCACUGAAGCUGAUGUAACUUACUGUUGCUAAUGUAACUUACUGUAGCUAAUGUAAUUUACUGUAGCUGAUGUAACUUACUGUAGCUAAUGUAACUUACUGUAGCUAAUGUAAUUUACUGUUGCUAAUGUAACUUAUUGUAGCUAAUGUAACUUACUAUAGCUAAUGUUACUCACUGUUGCUAAUGUAACUUACUGUAGCCAAUGUUACUCACUGUUGCUAAUGUAACUUACUGUAGCUAAUGUAACUUACUGUUUCUAAUGUAACUUACUGUAGCUAAUGUAACUUGCUGUAGCCACUGUAAUUUGUACUGAUGCAAACGAAGGCAAUCUCACCUGUAUAUAUAUAUAUAUAUAUAUAUAUAUAUAUAUAUACUAGCAGAAAGGUUCAAUGAGACCAGAUCCAGUUGUGUAUACUCUAUAUUAUCUAUAUACUGGUUCAUUAUGUUGAUUUUCUCUGAUGAGUAUAAAAUCAAAGUAGCACAAUAUAUAUCCACAUCCAGUAAUCUUUAUUUCAGAAUCUGCUUUCCUUCCUUGCUUGUACAGCCUUUGCCUAUGUAUACUUGUACAGGAUAUUUAAAUUAAAAUGAUACAUUGUGGUUUUAAAA